GGCCUCUGGCCCCGCCCCCUCCACACAAGCAGCCAAUCAGAAGCCUUCACACUGAAUCUAUCAGCAUCACCUGAACCUGUACCAGACUACUGGACCCGGAUCCACCGCAAACUCUGCUGUUCUACAACUAAUCAGACUUUUAUCAAGCUGUCGUUGGAGUUUAAAUGUCCUCAGAUCUAAUAAAGACGAACUGAUUCCAGGUUUCACACAGCGGCUGUUUCUCUGAUGUAGUUAGCGAAUGCUACGCUAACUCUUGACUGUGGAAGACACUGGGUUGAGUUACUGCUGUAUGGAAGCUAGUUAGCAUACAACACAAAACAUCAGCAGAUAAACAGUUUGAUCCGUUCUUCAGAACCAAAUCUCAGAACAUUGUCAGAUAUCUCACCAUCAGUCGUCUUCGUAGGGUUUCCUCAGUGCUGUUUGAUUAGUAAACGAUGAUAUUCAUACGUAUUCGUUAUGGAUCGAGCUCGGAGGCGCCAGUUACUAAAGUUUUCUUCAUUCCCGCCAAUUGAAGCAUGUAAAACUUUACUCUGAGCGUCUUUCUGAAAAACUGUAAAACUGUGACAAUAAAAGACUGUAAACUCUAAA